CCGCCGGUCCCGCCCUGACGCCUCUUGUCCCGCUGGGUUCUCGAGAGUUGGAAACGCGCGGGACCGUCCCGCGCUGCGCCGGCGGCCGCCGCGGAGCUGGUGUCGGACCGGGAGCGAGACCCGCGGGCCGCGGCCGCCCCAGCGGUCCCCAGGCGGCGGGCGACUGCCCGCUUUUACGGUGUCCCCUUAACCUUUCUGCUCUGUUCGUCUGCACCCGCGCCCCGGGGCACGUCUGUACGUGUCGCUCGUUGUCAUUUUAUUCCUUGGAUGAAUAAAAUGUCGUUGCGUGUCAGCCGAAGGCCUUUGGGUGUUGUCCCUCCGUGGGCCACGCGCGGUGUCAGCGCUGUCCCUAGCCCCCGGCCGCGGUUGCCGGGCUGCGAAGCCGACUCCAUGGGCGGUGUCGAAGGUUCUUCUUGCGGCAGAGGCGUGUGUGAACCCUGCACUGGUUGUUGGCAUGGAGUUGGGAAUGAGGAGGCAUCUUCUGAACAAAGUGUUUCUGUAGAAGUGUCACAAAUAAAUACUACAAAGGCAGAUCUGUCCACCCAGAAGCCCCAUCCCUGGGAGAUAUGUGGCCUAGACUCAGAAGGUGAUGUGCAUCUGGCCGAGUGCCUAGGGACCAGCUCUGGGAAGGAACCCUGUGGGGCAUGUGGAAAAUGUCACCCACACCAGAAGCAGCACAGUGAAGAGGAACUCUUCAGAAGAGAUGAGAACAGGGUCUCCUGUAUGAGGAGUUGCAGUAUCCAUGAGUCAAAGAAGUGUUUCAUUUCCUCGGAGGCCAAGAAGGACUUCUCAGACAGCUUGAACCAUCUCCAGCUUCAGGUCACUCAAAGCAGAGGGAGGCAACAAAAGAAUAUUGAGCAUAUGGAAGCUUUUCACAAUGGACAAAAAUGCUAUAAGUGCAGUGAAUGUGGGAAAGCCUUCUGCCAAAAAUACAGACUUGCUCAGCACCAGAGAGUGCACACUGGAGAGAGGCCUUAUGAGUGCCAUGAAUGUGGGAAGGCCUUCAGCUACAAACACAUACUUGUUCAGCACCAGAGAAUUCACACUGGAGAAAGGCCUUAUGAAUGUAGUGAAUGUGGAAAAUUUUUUAGCCAAAGCUCCAGCCUUAGUGAACAUCAGAGGAUCCAUACUGGCUCAAGGCCUUAUAAAUGCAACGAAUGUGGAAAAUUCUUUACCUCCAAUUCCAAUCUAAUUAAACACCAGAGAGUUCACACAGGAACAAGGCCUUAUGAAUGCAGUGAAUGUGGGAAAGUCUUUAACCAAAGCCCCAGCCUCAUUAAACAUCAGAGAGUUCACACUGGUGAAAGGCCAUAUGAGUGUAAUGAAUGAGGGAAAUUCUUUAGUCAAAGCUCUACCCUCAUUAAACAUCAAAGAGUUCACACUGGAUCAAGACCUUAUAAAUGCUUCGAAUGUGGGAAAUGUUUUAGUCAAAGCUUUGGCCUAACACAGCACCAGAGAGUUCGCAGGGGAGAAAGACCAUAUGAGUGCAGUGAAUGUGGAGAAUUCUUCAGUCAAAGCAGCCAACUUACUCAGCACCACAAAGUUCAAACCGAGAAAUGCCUUAUGAGUGCAGUAAAUGUGGAAUAGUCUUCAGUCAGUGGUCUGCUAUAAUUGAGCAGUGAAUGUGGGAAAGGCUUCAGCCAAAGAUCCAACCUUAUUCUACACCAGAAAGUUCAUACUAAAGAAAGGCCCUAGAAUGAGAUGGAGAUAGCAGGGAAUGUGCUAUCUCCAUAUUUAUUGCAUCAACACAUUGGAAAGCCUCAGUAAUGGAGUCAUCAGCAGGAAGUGAACACCAUGCAUCUGAACAUUCAUGGUGGGGACAUUUCUUAUGAGUACCAGGCUCAGGCAGCUUUUAAGCAGCUAUAUUUUGUUUUCUGAGUACUUUCACACUGAAUCUCUACAGUAGAAGCCAUCAUCUCAGUUGGUGUUUGCUAGUCACCUCAGUGUGCUCAGACUUCUUUGCUGUCCCCCUCUCCAGAGGAAUCAUAAGUAGCCUGGACCUUUGUUUAUUGUCAUUCCACCCGACUAGGAUAUGGCCCUAACCAGCUUUGACCAACAAAACCCAGUUUGUCUUCUGCUGGUGCCAAGUCUUUCCUUCUUUGGCCACAUUAUGAGACACCUAUGAUCUUUAUGAUGAAUUUUUCUAGCCUUCAGGCCAUCAGUCUGGGAACUACAUGCAUGUGUGAGAGUAAAAAUUUAAUGUUUAAGCCACAUUCUUUCUCCCUUCUAUUUUUAAAAAAAUUUUCAGUGCUGGGAAUUAAAUGCAGAAGCCCUCUACCACUGAGCUGCAUCCCUAGCCCUUUUUAUUUUGCUUUGAGAUAGGAUCUUGCUAUUCUGCUGAGGCUGGCCUUGAACUUAGAAUCCUCCUCCUUUAGCCCAAUCAUGGGAUUAUAGGCAUGUACCCCCACACCUGAGUAAGCCAUAUUUCAUCUCAAAAGUUUCUGUUCACUGGCGGAGAUGGCUUGAGAACAGAAUUGGUCUUACUUGCUUUGUUGUCAGGCCUCCAGAGAUAGACUGUAGGACCUAUUGUGACUAGCCUUGUGAUCUGAUUGUCAGGACUUUUUGAAGGUCUGGCAGUCACCAGAGGUGGGGACAGUUAUGGGGACCACGUGUCCUUUGUGGGGAAGUAUAAAUUGGUUUCUUUUUCUCAUGUGAGGUUACACAGUGUCCAUUACUGUUGACUGAAACUGUUCUCUGGGGCCUAUAAAAGAAUCGUGCUUUAGCAGCCAGAAUUGGGGAGGUUUGUGUUACUGAUGUUUGCACUACAAGAAUCAGAUGAGAACCAUGUUUUGUUACAGAAACAUUGAUUAUGAGUGAUGGUAAACUGGAGUUGAUGUGCCCAUCUGAACACUGUGUCUUGAAAUGUUCGGGGGACUAUGGCUAUUUAAGAUGAGGGGUUUACAGAAACCUCAACCUAUAGAGCCAUCUCCUGUGGUAAAUCACCUCCAAGACCUUAAAACUUUAUGCCUGAGAAGAAUGUUUUGUUCACACAGGGCCUUGAGCCAUGCCAGAUAGUUUAUGUUAGUAAUGUGUUUUAUGAUAGGACCUUAGGUCUCCUAAUACUAAUCUGACGUCUGUAGGGGCCAAGUAAUUAAGGGGAGCUGCACAAGUGUCCCUUGUCUAGGUGACAAAACAACAACAAAAAGUGUGGACCUCUGUGCCUGGUGAUGCACAUCUGUAAUCCCAGUGGCUCAGGAGGCUGAGGCAGGAGGAUUGUGAGUACAAAGCCAGCCUCAGCUACUUAAUGAGGCCCUAAGCAAUUUAUAAGACCCUGUCUCUAAAUAUUUUUUAAAAAGCAGCGGGGUGGGGGGAGCGGGGUUGGAGAUGUGGCUUAGUAGCUAAUGACCCCCGGUUUAAUCCUUCAUACAAAAAUAAAAAGUGGAACAAGGCAUGGGUGAGUUUCCCUGGUUGGCAGUAAUUCUUGUGUGUGGUCAAACAUUAUUGCUGGAGAUUUAAGUACUGUUUGCAUGACUCCACUGGAGGGGCAAGUUUGAUACUUGUGCUUGCUCUCUAGAUUCUGCCCUGUGCACCUCUUUAUUUUCUUUUAACUUUGGGUACCAGGUAUGGAACCCAAAGCCUCAUGCAUGCCGUGGAUGUGCUCUACUAAUGAGUUAACCUCGCCCCCCAGCUCUUUGUUGAUAUGAAUUUCUUUGUAAUAUAUUCACUAACAUCUUUACCCAGUUCCUUGAGUCUUUCUAUUGAAUUAUUGAAUUUGAGGUGGCUUUGGGGAUUCAACAACACAUUUACAUGUUUUUUUUUUUAUAUAUAUAUGACAACAGAAUGCAAUUUGAUUUAUUGUACAAAAAUGGAGCACAAUUUUUCAUUUCUCUGGUUGUACUUGAUGUAGAGUCACACCAUAAGUGCAGUCGUACAUGUACCUAGGGUCAUGAUGUCCAUCAAAGGGGAGGGAGGGGAGGGGGAAUGGGGGCAGGAAAGAUGGUGGACUGAGAUGAUCAUCAUAGCCCUCUUUUUUUAAAAAAUUGUAUUCUAAUCAGUUACACAUGACAGCAGAAAGCUCUUCGAUUCAUUGUAUACAAAUGGAGAAAUUUUUUCACUUCUCUGGUUGUACAUGAAGUAGAGUCACACCAUUCAUGCAGUCAUACAUGUACCUACGGUCAUGAAGUCAGUCUCAUUCCACCAUCUUUCCUACCCCAGUGCCCUCUCUCCCCCUCCCCUUGACUAGUGGAACAUUAAAUGAAAACAUUAAAAUAUUAGCAAAAUAUUACAAAGUUCUAGAGUCUGCCUUUCUAAAAAAUUGAAAUUGAACAUGCUCAUGAUUGCUUUAAAAAUUCUCAUUUGAUUCUUAUCAUCUGAAAUGCAAGUAUUAUGUAAAUUCUUUUCAUGUGUUUACAUAAGCUCUCUGUAAACUGUCUUGAAAUGCCAAUCGUGUCCACUUUUGUACUGAGAUCAGGCUUUAAAUCUUGCUCCAUUUCAACCAAACUAUAGCAUUCUGUUCUAGCUCUCACAGGUUCAUUUCCAUCUCACAUGUUCACUUUUCCGUGAUCUAUUUUUGAUGUUAUAUUUUGUUUAUUAGGUAAGAUCAUGCUUUCCUGAAAGUUCUUGAUUCUUCUUGGCAUAUGAUGGCAUUUGUACAUUAAAUAUUUACUCCAGUCUUUGCAAUCUCUCCUGUCUAUGUUCAUCCUUCCUGAGCGGGGUAUUUAUAUGUUCUUUGAGCUUGUGGUAAUUGCCGCUAUUUCAGCAUUACACUGUGCCUCAAGUCCAGCUUAGCCACCAGCCCGAGGUUCUUGUGUGGUCAUUGUGUUUCAACACACAUGCGGAGUGUAAGUUGUCAAGCUGCAGGUAAUGCCUUCAGGCUGAGGGGGGUCAGGUGUGGGAGUGAAACGUGUGCCUGGGGCUAAGCUAUGUCCAGAUGCUUCAUCCACAAUCCCUCGCCUGGGGGCCAGCACUGUAGAUUCUGCCCAGUGCCGCACCUGUCUGUGGUGGCUCCAGGCCCUUAACAUUUUGUGCCUCCCUCUUCCCACUGAGUAAACAAAAACAAACAAACAACAAAAGAACUACUGCCCUCCUCCUCCUGAUCCCUUCCUUUGCUUAUUGGCCGUCUUAGAAAUUCCUCGCUGGGCUUGCUGGUACAAGUCUGUGAUCCCAUUUCAGUUUUCCAUGGUGGCAACUUUUGAGUUAGAUGUAAGAAUACAUUUCAAUAGCCACAAUUUUACCACUAUUUGCUUUGCAGUAUUUGUUUCUUAAUUGUAAAACUUCAAAAAAAUUUGAAUUAUUUUCUGUGGUACUGGGGAUAGAACUCAGAAAUACUCUGCCAUUAUGACAUAUUCCAACCCCAUUUGUUAUCUAUCUAUCUAUCUAUUUAGAGAUAGGUAUUGCUGAGCUGUGGGGCCCAGCCUCAAACUUGGGAUCCUCCUGCCUCAACUCCCAAGUCUACAUCCUCAGCCCUUUUUUAUAUUUUAUUUAUAGAGACAGGGUCUCACUGAGUUGCUUAGGGCCUCAGCCUCUCGAGCUGCUGGGAUUAUAGGCAUGAACCACUGUGCCUGGUGGUCCUUUUUUGUUUGUGGUAGUGGGGACUGACCCCAAGGGUGUUCUCCUGAAAUCCCCAGACCUAUGUUUGUAUUUGUUGACAUAGGGUCUUGCUAAAUUGCUGAGACAAGCCUUGAACUUGCAAUCCUCCUGCCUUGGCCUCCUGGGUAUCCAUGAGUAUAGGUGUGAACUACCACACCUCGCUAGGCCUAAGUACUUUUUAGACAUGAAUUUCUAUCAAGAUAUUCUUGGUACUGUAACAGAGUCUUACUUGAAUGGUCUUAUUCCAGAAAGCAUUAUUGGAGUAUUAUCUCCAAACUUGACAUAAGAUUGAGAAGUUGAUGAGCAUGCAUAUAUCCAAUGUGAGUUUGUGACUCCAUGGCAUCAUCAAUACAUAUGUACAUCAUAAAUAUACAUACACACACCCACCAGGGAUUGAAUCCAGAAGUGUUAAACCACUGAGUAUACCCCCAACCCUUUUUAUAUUUUAUUUUGAGACAGGGUUUUGCCAAGUUGCUGAGACAGGCGUCAAAUUUAGGAUGUUCCUGCCUCAGCCUCCUGAGCUGCCAGGGAUUACAGGUGUGUUCUACCAAGCAAGGCCAAAGCAUCGUGUUUCUUAUUCAGAGUAUAGGUGAGGCUUUAUCUUUAAACAUACUAGUCUCCUGGAAGAAAAUAUCACCCUGAUGCUUAUUCUCCAAAAUUGGCCAUCUGUCUUUUUUGGGGGAUGUGGGGAAGCCAACUUUGAUUUAUACAGAUUAAGAAAAUGGACUUAGCCUUAAGGUGUUGGUCAAUGUUUGAAUACAUUUUGUGUAAAGGAAACAUUUGUAACAUUUUUCUUCUAUUAUAAAAUGUAAUUCCUCUCUGGGCUUGGUGGCACAAGUCUGUGAUCCCAGCGACUCAGGCAGCUGAGGCAGGAGGAUCACAAGUUUGAGGCCAGCCUCAGCAACUUAGACCUUUUCUCAAAAAUGGCUGCAAUGUAGCUCAGUGGAAGAACACCACUGGGAUAAACCCCCAGUACUGCAAAUACGUAUAUAGAUCCUGGGUACUGCUACAGUACAAUUCAUACCUGCAAAGGAGUUAAGCAAGACAGACACUCCUUAUACUAACAGACACUGUCCUUGUUCUAAAAAGAGAAAAACUGAGCUGCUGUCAGUAUCCCACAGAUUGUAUAAUUUAAUUAUUGAAUGCUGUAAGCAUAAUUGUCUUUCCUCACAACAAAAGAAUACUUUCCUAUCUAAUAAAAGGAAUACAGAUGUCCAUCCUGCCCAAACUAAAGUAUUUCCUCAAAUGUCAUUCUUACUAUGAAUCCAGCCAAGGAUAUCCAACAUGCAAUCUCAACCUAGCCCUUUGACUUUUCUCUAUGUUCUGAUUAUUUUUUCUGUUUGUAAUAGGGUCUUGUAAAAUACUAUGCUACUUAAUACUGUAGAUGAAUUUCUGGUUGACUGAUUCCAUCAACCACAGUGUAAGUUCCAUGUAGGGAAAUUUCUUUUAUACUGUGAUUCCUGAUACAUCCUACAUAUCUUGCAAUGUGCCCGAAACUUAUAGGGUAUCUAAUAAAUAUUUGUUGAACUGCUAAAUGAAUAGGACCACAGUUUCCAUUUGCAACACUCUGAAUCCUAUUUCAAACUCGGCUGACUUUCUAUCUCUUCCUCUAAUUUUACUACCCUUGGUGCUGUUAGAAAUGGGGGAAGAAGUCUUAUUUUGUAGACAAACACUUAAAUUCAGUACCAGUUCUGGUUGGUCCUGUGCUUAGUUUUUUUUCAUUUAGUUGAUGUCAGUGAUCUCUGCUCUUCCUACAUGGAUAUUUUGCUUGUAUAUGUAAGUAACUAGUUUUCCCCACCUGCUACCAGUA